UUUUUUUUUCGCCAAGGUUGCGAAUACGCUAAGGCCCUGGGGACCUAAUGAAGAGAAAAACUCAGAGUGAUCCGAUUUUGGGAUUUUUGGAGGCCCGAAAGCCCCCCCCCUUCCCCCAGUUCGAUCGUGAAUUUUUGGCGAGGGUCGCCUCCAUCGCGGCGGGGGCAACGGCCUACCGGACCAGGGGGGUGCGGAAAGACUUGGAGCGCGUGUUGUUCGAAAGCCUCCUUUUGGGGCUCAGUUUUUUUCGGUUGCGAUGGGGAGGAAUUCUCCCCCCAUUUUUGCGACCUACGAACUUCAGCAAAUUUUUUUUUUUACUCUUGUUGUUAUUAUUUUACACAGCCUAGGACCAGGGCGGGCACACGGCGGGCAAAUCACUUUCGUAGUAGAUGUCAUGGUCAGCCCGUCGCUCUCUUCCUCCAACCCGAUGAUCCGACAGGAAAAGAGGUGUGGGCGGGCUUGGCAGGGGCUCAUUGGGACCGGAAAUUUUUCUAUUUUUUUUUUACCAUGGUGGUAUGGCGUCCCAGGUAUGACAAAAGAGAAGCAUCAUCAACGGCACAUAGUUAUCGUGUGCAAAAUAGAAGACCACAUUUUUGUUCCCUCCACCCAUCAUUUCUCUCUCUGUGUCUGUCUACCUAUCUCCCCGCCUGGUGUCACCCCCUCUCGGCUUACCCUCCCCCUUCCCUCUGAUCUUGCAACCCAUCCAUCUUACGAGCCAAAAUUAUCCAUAGGUUGUAGUCUCGGCAGAUGGGUGCAGAUGCAGAACAUGACGGAUGUAGCCGGUUAUCGAAAAGGAGGGGAGGAGCCCACUUCCACGAAAUGCAGCAUUUCUGUCAAAUUCUGUGAGAUGUGCCGUGUGAUCGAGGGUGGAUUCCAGCCCGUCUGAAUCCAGCAACUUUUUCUCCAAAGCAUUGGCAUCAUUUGUAUUAUUGCAUGACCAGGGGGGGUGUUUAACAAGAGAGCAGGUCCAAACGGCAAGGAGAUUGCGAGGCUCUUGAGGAAACAGAGAUAGCCCCGAUUGCCCGACAAUGGAAGUUCCAAGUUUACAUCAUACAACAUACACUUUUAUUCAU